AGAUGGGAUUGAUCUUGAAGGUCCAAGCAUUCUAGGUACCACAUUUUAUAAUAAGGAGUGAAAUUUGCCUGUGCGUGACUUCUUUUUGCAGACUAUUUACCAUAUGGGCUUGACGGAGGCAUUGGUCAAGCAGCAAGAGGGUCCAAAACAACUGAAGACCAGUCCGUGCUUCGUGGACACAAACACUUUGGACAAGAGAUGGCAGAACUAACCUUUUUAAACUAAAUGCCAAGUCUUUUAAGUAUUUCUCAAUCGGUCUUUGCUACUUUAUGAACAGCAUCCCUCAAUGUCCAUUAGGGCAGUGGAACGUCAGGCGGCAGUAUAUAGUUAAAUUAUGAUUAAUCCACGAACGGAGCAACUUUAGAAAUGCAUUUACGUUAAACUGAAACCAUCCCGAAUGAAUAGAUACAGUAACUCUUUAACGUGACCAAAAUAAUUGGUUUUGAUAUUUGUAAAUUAUGGAGUAAAUGUGACAAAUUUGUAAAAUAAGACGCGAACUCGAUUCAAGAAAAGUAUAAUGAGUCAUCACAGCCACUGGAGAUAAGUUGCCGCGAGUCCUUGUCAACUUGCCAAUUUUGCUUUCGUCGCUGCAGUGGUGAUUUGCUUUCCUCGUUAGCCUCCCGCGGCCCAGCCAUAAUACCAGUUCUGGAUUUCCCAACAGCACCGAUGCUGAUUUUGGAGUUGGAGACAAAUGGAGUGCGGUUUUGCUGUUGCUUGUGAUACAUUUCCAAAACGACGGACACAGCCCCGUUUGUUACCCCUUACAAUGCGAAAGCGGAACGCGGCGGGGCUGUGGUGAAGCCUCCGGUCGGAAAGUCCCUGCAGCUGGGACGGAAACUAGUUUUAAUUUUGUGCAGCGACUUGCGGCCCGAAAGCUCCUAUAACUGACCAUUUGAAAGCAGCGAUUUUGACCUUGAAAGCGGCCGCAUACCGAAAGAUUUUGCUUUCGUACAAACAUGAGAGGCGUCCAAUAUUGAGAUUGUUGACGGACCAUGGCCGACUCGGAGCAACUGGAAGAGAAGCUUAAGAAACUUAUCGUUCGGCUGCAAAACGUAGAGCAAGGAAAGCAAUUGAAUGCUUUACUUCAAAUUUUGGAUGAUUUGAUUCAUCUCACCACGGAACAAAAUGCCUCAAGUUUAUUCGAAAAUAAGAACGUCCACAUGCCACUGUUGGUCGUUCUGGAAUCUUUUGUUGAUGUACCCAGUAUUCAACAGGCAGGCUGGUCUUUAUUCUGUAAACUGGUUGAGCUCUGCCCAGACACAAUUAACAAACUGGCUGCACCUCAAGAUGUGGGAAAGGACUGGGAUGUUCUUGGUGUGCACCAACAGAUCCUGAAUUUGUUGUGGACUUACAGUUCUGAUCCCACCAUUCUGUUGAUUGGCCUUGAGGUGUUAAUACUCCUUAUUCAAUCAGAUGAAAUUUCCUUAUUGCUCCGAGAUGAAGAAAUUGAUGUUUUUUCUGUGGUUAUUGAUGGGAUGCGCAGAUUUGCUGAAAUUUGUGAAAUCCAGAUGCAUGGAUGUCAAGUAUUGUACAGACUCUUAGAAAAAGUUUCAGAUGAACAGGUGCUUGAAUUUGUGGAAGUGGAAGAUCAUCUCGUCAUUCUCGAAGCCAUAAAAAACUUUACAGAACAUGAGGGUACGGUACUGAAUGCUCUGAGAGCUCUGCUUCCUUUGGCUGGUUCACAAAAUAAUGUGGAAAUUCUGAUGUCUGGACAUGAAAAAUGUUAUAGUCUGGUAAUGGAUGUAAUGAAAAGAUUUCCCAACAGUGAGGCAAUUCAUGAAAUUGGUUGCUGUUUAUUUCAGAGGUUUUCACUUGAUAAUUUUUACAGUAUUUUGGUUCUGAAUGGAGCACAUGAGAUGGUCAUUGAAGCAGUCGUGAAGUAUCCACUCAAUAGCACUUUGCAAACUGCAGCUUUGAGCAGUAUGGCUCUUUUAACUGAAACAAUAUUCGCAAAUAAGGCUCUUGGUGAACAAAAAGAUGAUCUCUGCUGGCUGGAGGUUUGCUCUAAAGCUUUGGAAUUGUACAAGGGGAACGCUAAGAUCCAGGAAGCAGCUUGUUGGGCUCUGAACAAUCUACUCGUGUAUCAGAAUAAUCUUCACGCAAAAAUUGGAGAUGAAGAAGCAUGCUAUCCAGUUCAUAGACAGGUGAUGGCAGCCAUGUUAUUACAUUCUGCAUCGAAGGAAGUGUUUCAGGCAGCCGCAAGUACACUGGCAACUUUGGCAGACCAAAGCAUACAAAUAAGGAAACUUCUGUUGGCAAAAGGGAUACAUAUCAACCUUUUAGAACAAAUGAAAAAGGAUUUGUAUUCAAGUCAUGUCUUGGAGAGUGCCUUCAAGUUACUUAAUAAGCUUUAUCUGGGGAGUAAUCUGAAUCUGGAUGUCAAGAAUUUAACCUUAAAUAGAAUAGCGAACACAUUGAAGAAUCAUGCAAACAAUUUUUCGGUACAGCUAGAGGCCCUUCAGGUUAUGUCACAUUUAACUUGCCCUGUAUCCAAGAUCAAUCUGAAAGAAGACCCUAUAAAUAUGGACGUGUCAGAAUCAAUGCAGAAAUUAAUUCACGAGCAGUGCUUGUUGGAGGGUUUACAUGAAUUGGUUCUUGAAACUUUGAACAAGUUCAUCCAGAGUCCAACAAUCCAACAGUGGGGCCUUCGAGUGCUGUGUUCUAUUACUGAUUGUUCAGACACAAAGGAACUGAUAAAACAUGGGGUUUUGGACACCAUAAUCUAUGCUUUGCAAAUGUAUGCACGUGAACGAGAAAUCCAGUAUCUGGGUCUGAAACUUUUGGAGGUUCUUAUUCCCGAGAAAGAUUUGCCUCAAACAUUUGGAGCAUUAUUGGCAAAUACUUUGAUGGAGACAUUGUGCCGAUAUGAAGAGGACAUGGAAGUGCAAAUACAGGGUUUUCAAGUUGUAUUGUCGUAUUUUGAGGCCGUACCAUCUGUUACUGAAGUUUUCUUCAAGGAAUGUAUUGACACAUUUAUUUUUCAUCAGAUGGUAAAAUGCAGAAACAGACAGCUACAGACCCUCCUCUGCAAGUGUUUAUCCAAGUUGGCCAUUAAUCGUGGAAUAAGAAAUCAGAUGCUUGAAAAUGCUUGCUCCGAAAAUAAUAUCAUGAUGGCAAAAUAUUUGAUCAUGUUGGAAGCUGAUGUCAAUCAAAAAUGUAAAAAUGAAUCAUUGAUUUACCAGGCUUGUGAGAAAAGGAGAAGCCCAUUUUUAGUGGAACUUUUGCUUAACAGUGGAGUACAUGAGCAAGAUAUUCAUAAAGCUUUAAAUGUCAGUAUUAAAAUGGGGGAUGACAAAAUCAUAAGCUUACUUUUAAGAAAACUUGGAUUGGAUCAAAACAAUAAGGCUAUUUGCUUGAGUGGACUUCAUCUGAGCAAGAUUGAAGCUGCUUGGUUACAUCGAUUGUUUCCUAAUGAAAAUACUUCACAUUCUACACAACAGCCAAUCACAGUUGCUUCCUAUGGACUUUGGCAAAGUGAAACAUCAGAAUCAACACCUUUGUUAAAUUCUGAACUUUGUUACUCUGGGGAAAUGUUGGAUAAGAGUAAUGAUUGUACUUUGUUGAUAAAUGUAUCAGCAACUGAUGGAAAAGAAAAUAGCAUCUUUGAUGACUUGGAGAGCGAAAGUGAUGUCCUGGUUCAGAAUGCAAAUUAUAACUUCUGUGCUGGAACAUACGAUGAAUCCACAGUUAAGAAGAGCCACUGCAACUUUCUGAGUGAACCUAACAAUGUCGAGAUUGCAGUUAAUUCAAGUGGGAGAGUGAUUUCUCAAAGAUCAGAUGGUGCACCGAAAAGACCCUCUUUUGGAAGUGGACAAGAUGAUUUGUUGCACGUUGGCUUUGACACAGAAUUCAUCAGGUCAUUGGAUCUUUCUGGAAAUGAAUUGGAUGAUCUAAGCUUCAUCGGUGAAAAAUGUAUUGCUGCACAAUUUGCGCGACUAGAAAAACUGGAUCUAAGACAAAAUAAAUUGAUGAAUUUCUCAGAGGAUUUGUGCUCUGUUCUCAAGUGUCUGACUGACAUAGACUUGAGCAAUAACAAGCUUACCUCCUUUCCUUCGUGCAUACUAGAAAUGCACUUCAUUAAAUUCCUUGAUAUCUCCAGAAAUAACAUUGGCUAUAUUCUGAACUUGAACUACAGAUGCCCAACUCUGAAAAAAUUAAACUUGUCUCAUAAUCAGCUCUCCUCUUUCCCAGAAUGUCUUGCUGAAGCUACAGAAAAACUAGAAGAAUUGUUACUUGAAGGAAACAAAAUUAGCACAAUCGUAUCUUCACUGUGUUUGACUGAACUUAAACUACUCGAUCUUAGUCAGAACUGCAUCUCCACUAUAAUGGAUACAUUCAUGACACAAUGCUCAAAGCUGGAAAUAUUCAGAGCCUCAGAGAAUCAGCUCAGUCUCUUGUGUGGUUUGCCAUCCAAAAUUACUACAAUUGAUCUGGCGAGCAAUAAUUUCAAUGAAGUUCCCGAAGCAGUUCUGAAGCUUCAGCACUUGAGGACUGUAAACCUAAGUUGCAAUAAAAUAUCAAAGCUUCCUGGGCCUGUUCAUUGGGAGUCUUCAAGUCUAAGGGAACUCGUAUUUAGCCAUAAUCAAAUCAGUAUUUUGGAUCUCAGUGAAGGAAUGAACAAAUGGUCAAGACUAGAAAAGUUGAAUCUUAAUAAUAACAACUUGAAGGAGCUACCUCCUCAGAUUGGCCUGCUAAAAAAUAUGACCUCUUUACUUGUGAGUCAUAACUCUGACUUGAGGUCCUUGCCAAAUGAAAUGGGAAAGCUGCAAAAGUUGUGGGAGCUUGAGUUACAAGGAUUGUUUCUGGAUUUGGAUUUGAAACGAGUUGGCAGCAAAACAAAAGAUAUUAUCAGAUUUCUGCAUCAGCGCCUGAAGAAAGCUGUGCCUUAUUACAGAAUGAACCUAAUGAUAAUGGGAAAUUCUGGAAGUGGUAAAACCACAUUGCUUCAGCAGCUGAUGAAAUGCAAGCGGUCCAAUUCUGAACCAGAGAAAUCCACAACUGGAAUUGAUAUUAAGGAAUGGUCAGUUCAUGUAAAAGGAAAAAUAGGGAAGAAAAAGGAAUACUUGUUGAAUGUCUGGGAUUUUGCAGGCCAAGAAGGGUUCUACAGCACAUUUCCUCACUUUAUGUCUCCACAUGCCCUGUACCUUGUUGUUUGUGAUCUGAGUAAAGGAGCUGAUGAGAUUGAUGCCGUCAGACACUGGCUUUUCAACAUAAAGGCCCAUGUCCCAUCUUGUCCAGUAAUUCUUGUUGGAACUCAUAUCGAUGUGACUGACGAAAAGUAUCGGCAAACCUGCAUUCCCAGAAUCAAGACAGAAUUCGUUCAGCAUCAUGAUUUCCCUUCUAUUCGUGAUUUCCAUUUUGUGGUGGCCACAGAAGAAUCCGAAUCUAUAUCAAAACUGCGAAGAGCUAUUAUUAGUGAAAUACAGACAUUUAAGAUUAGAGACCAACCUGUAUUGGGCCAGUUGGUCCCUCAGGUAUAUAUGGAGCUGGAAAAGAGGAUUAUACAAGAGCGAAAGAGUGUCCUGACGGAAUUUCCAGUAAUUCAUCAGCAGAGGCUGUUGGAAAUCAUUCAAGAGAAUCAGUUGCAGCUGGAUGAAAAUGAACUGCCCCAUGCUGUUCAUUUCCUCAAUGAUUCUGGUGUGCUGCUGCACUAUUGUGACCCUGCUCUUCAGUUACGGGAUCUUUAUUUUAUAGAUCCACAAUGGCUGUGUAAAACAAUUGCGCAGAUGGCGACUAUUAAAGCAUCAUGUUUUCCAAAGCAUCCUUCUGGUAUUAUAUAUCGAUCUGAUGUUGAGAAGUUUCUGUCACAAGAAAAUAAUUUUCCUCAAAAUUACAUACCUCAGUGCAUAAGACUUCUAGAAAAAUUUCAGAUUGCGUUGCCUUUUGGAGAAGAGCAAUUACUUAUUCCAAGCAGCUUACCUGAUCGGAGACCUGUAAUUGAACUUCCACACCGUGAAAACUCUGAAUUGAUUGUAAGGGUUUAUGAAAUGCCCUACUUUCCUAUGGAAUUCUGGUCUAGACUUAUUCACAGGCUGCUCGAGGUUUCAGCUUGUUUGCUUCGUAGACAUGAUGGAGAGAAGCCUCUACGUUCCAACAGGACAUAUUGGAGACAUGGAAUCUAUCUGAUCUGGUCACCAGAAGCCUAUUGCCUGGUAGACUCAGCUGCAUUGUACAAUAAACCAGAGAGUGUUCUCAAAGUAACUGUUCCAUGCUCCAAGAAAGGGUACAUUCUGCUGGGACAGAUUGUGGAUCACAUUGAUUCCCUGCUGGAAGAGUGGUUUCCAGGCCUAUUGGAGACUGAUAUAAAUGGUGAAGGAGGGACUCUUUUGAAGAAAUAUGCCAUGUACAGCUUUGAAAAUGGUCAAGAAUGCCAGCAGAUUCUACUGGAUGACUUGCUAGAUGUGGCAGAAAAAGGAGAUUUUUUGAUUUGUCCCACUGAUAGAAGCAACAAAGUUUCAAUUUCUCAAAUUGCCCCAGACAUUGUCCUGGUUGAUUUACCACAGAAUAUUCUACUGGAUAUUAACCAGCUUGAACUUGAACAAUCAUCUGAUUUUCUGUUGGGUGAUGGAGGGUUUGGAUCUGUAUACUAUGCAACUUACAGACAAAAAGAAGUGGCUGUUAAAAUAUUUAACAAGCAUGUUUCACAGAUGUUUCUACAUCGCCUUUUGAGACAAGAACUUGCAGUUCUUACUCAAUUGCUUCAUCCAAGUUUGAUUUCACUAUUUGCGGCUACCUUUCGGCCUCGGAUGUUGGUAAUGGAAUUGGCACCCAAGGGGUCCCUCGAUCUCUUACUUAACCAUGAGAAAGAACAACUUAAUCGAAAACUUCAACAUCGGAUAGCUCUACAUGUGGCUGAUGGCUUAAGAUACCUACAUUCUUCAAUGAUAAUAUAUCGAGAUAUGAAGCCUCAUAAUGUGCUACUGUUCAGCUUGAACCCUAAUUCUGCUAUAAUUGCCAAAAUUGCUGAUUAUGGCAUUGCUCAAUAUUGCUGUAGAAUGGGAAUCAAGAACUCUGAGGGGACACCAGGGUUUCGAGCACCAGAAAUUGCAAAAGGAAAUGUCAUCUACAAUCACCAGGCUGAUGUAUAUUCCUUUGGAUUACUUUUAUAUGAUAUCAUUACGAAUGGUAAAAGAAUCUCUGAUGGAAUGAAGUUUCCAAAUGAUUUUGAUGAGAUGGCAGUUCAGGGAAGAUUGCCAGAUCCAGUCAAAGAAUUAAGCUGUUCACCGUGGCCUGGUAUGCAGAAUUUAAUUGAUCAUUGUCUGAAACAAAAUGCCGAGGACAGGCCUACAGCUUCUCAGGUGUACGAGAGCCUGAACUCUGUGAAACUACUUUGUUUGAUGAGAAUAAUAACAGUACCCAGUAAUCUUGCAGCAGAAUGCAUGGUAGCUACCAACCCAAUUUCCAGAAAACCUAGUGUUUGGAUUGGCAGUGGAAAAAGAGAUAAAGCACAACUUUCAUCUUUGGAGCUAGAUGCUGAAGGCCAGACUCUUAUGGAUAUCGAGGAUAAUUGCAUAUUGUGUCUAGCAUUCAUAUGUGUGAUUGGUGAACAAAUUAACUGGGUUGUUGCUGGCACGCAGUCUGGACGUUUGUGGGUUGUCAGCGCAGAGGAUGUGCAAUCUAUUCAUCAACUCCGCAGGAUGUCUGAUUCCAUUACUUGUUUGUUCUUCACCAAUCAUUCCGAGAAUAGCAAAGAAGACAACUUGCUUCUGGUGGGGACAGCUGACGGGAAGCUUGCUGUUUUUAAGGAUAGCACAGUAAAGUAUCAAGAUGGUGCACCACUGAAGGUUGUUGAUAUAGGCGACAUCAGUACUCCUUUGGUGUGUUUGAGCACAUCAACCAUUUCAGGACAGAUGACCUUCUGGGCAGGUUGUGGAACAAAGAUUAUAUCACUCAACAGUGAUUUUACAGUUCAGAAGAUGAUGGAGACAAAAACUAGACCACUAAGACAACAGAAAUAUCAUAGUGGAAAUAUUAUCACAAUGGUGAUCGAUAAUUAUAUUUAUUUGGCAAAGAAGGGCAGCCAUGUUGUCGAAAUGUGGGACAAAAAUGUCGAUAAAAUGAGUCUAUCAAUUGACUGUGCUUCUAUUCUUGAGAAUGACGCCUAUUCUGCUAGAGUGAAAGCUCUUCAUCUUCAAAAAGCAGCAACCCUUUGGAUUGGAACAGGAGGGGGUGACAUCAUAUUGUUAGAUCUUUCCACUCAUCAACCCAUUUGUGUUAUGGAUAAAUUUUGCCACUCCAUUAGAAGUAUGGUGACAACACAAAUUGAACAGGAAAGCCAUUGCACUGUCUUGCUGAUCCUAGGAAAUGUCAUUAAAGAAUAUUUUGAAAACAACAAAUGGCAGAGAGAAUUGCAAUCACAGCUGUUUGUCUGGGAUAUGAACCUUCCUUAUGAAAUCCAGAACUUGAAGAAGCACAAUGAUACGAGAAGAGAAGUAACCAAGAAAAUGCGGACUUGAUCAUUGGAAAAAUUGCACAUGGGCAAAUACAUAUGAAUAUAUUUUUAAAUUAAUAGUGUUUUUAUAUGUAUUGAAAAUAUGAAGUGAUAAACCUAAUAUUUUGAUGUUCUAGUUAAACCAUAAAAGCCUGCUUUAAUAUUAAAGAGAUAUAUGAAUUAUUGCUGAUGAAAGAACAACAGUGUCUCCCUUGCUUGUCCCAUCAUGCAAAUCCUCUGCAACUCUACGCACUUUUGUUAUUGUGAUAUUUGUUUAAAUCUUUAGGUUUAUUUAGAAAUGUAUGUACUUUUUGGAAACUGUCCAAAGCCAAGUGAUUUACCAUCAUAAAAUAAUGCAGAGAAGGUGGGAAUUAUUUGAUGGUUACAUUAUCUAUGCUCUAAGUUCCAAACUGAAGGACGAUAUGAGAACACUGAAUUUUAGUGGGCACUGAAAACAAAAUCAUUUUGUUGCUAAAUUGGGAUUUGUGCCCAUCAAAUUGACUUAUUUAGAAUCAGGUUUAUCAUCACUGACAUACAGUAUGUCGUGAAAUUUGUUGUUUGCUGAAAUGUAGUAAGCUAUGAAUGUUCCUGAUCAGUUUUUGGGAAUGAUGCUUGGAGUUCGCUAGUGAGAUGACAAUAAUAAUCUUUGAGCUGCAUGCCAUAUACAGGCAUUUUUGAAACAAAAAGACAUGGGCAGCACUGUUCAUACUUGAUGCUGCACUGCACAUAGGAACAGAACAUUCAGAGAAGUCUCAGGAUUAGAAAAAGCUGAUUGUCAACUGUACAAAUUCCAACCAUGUCCACCAAAACUUGCCACCUGAAAUAUUGCUUGAGAUGAAACAACAAGACUUUGCCUUUAAACAGUAGGAUUGUCUAACAAUCCUUUAAUUGUACAAGUGGAAUCAUCUUUUAAAUAGAAAAUUCCUGACACGUCUGUUUUCUUCACUUGAAUGAAUUCUCUCUUCUGCUCUUGGAUUCCCUCUGCAGCAAUUAGUAUGUCCCCUAAUCUCCUUGUCCCACUACUGUUUUUCCUUCUUCCCUUUUCCCAUCCCAUGCUGCUCUCCCUGGCCCAUCCAUUCACCACGUGCUCCUUUUCUGCAUCCCUGCCAUGUCCUCUAUUUCCCAUCUGCAUUCAUGUACAAUACCAAACCUUUGUCAGUGCAUACAAAAACAUUUGCAGGUUUUGCCAUUAUAUCUGACUGCCAUCCCUUAAUGUUGGUUUAUUUUGUCCUGCCACUUUUUUUUUGGAUUCCCAUUCCAUGCAUCCUUUGGGUAGGGGGUACAAAAAGCCAAAAAAUUUAAAAAUAUAAAGUUUAAAUUUAAAAUAUUCUCAUAUUCUUAAGCCACCUCUCCCUUGGCAUUUUUUAUUUUGAACAGGUUGCAACUGAUUAUUUUUGCUAGCAGACCUCAUUCAAGUUUUCUGGAAGUGCUUUAAUAUUCUAAUUAUAAUUCCAAACUGUAUUACCGGCUUCUUUUAAAUUGCAGUAUAACUAAACAUACAUUGAAAUAUUUUUCUUAAAAGGAAAAUUGAAUUGCAAAUAGAAAUUUGCAAAAUAGAAUGAUGUGGAUUGAGAUUUUUCAGAAUAUCUAUAUUUUGGCUAGUUUUAAUUUUGUCACAAAAAGAAGAGAUCAGCUGUUGCUGAUUUAAUGUUAACAUUAGAGGUUUCUAUGUGUUGGAGUAAUAACUUAAUUCUCCCACAUAGGACAUUGACCUUUGCAGGUUUUUUAAUUCAAAGAAGCAGUUCAUGUUUUGGAUGUUGUUCUUCUAAGCAAAAGAACAGGGAGUAUGUGUGGCAAACAUAAGAAAAGGCAGUGCCCUCCUAAUUGUUCAUUGAAUCAUCGGUAAAUAGUAACAGUGAUUAAAGAGAUAAAAAUAAAUCCUUGUUGAGUAGGUAAUGGAUCAAAGAACUUCCUGAUUCAUAAGUACCAAUAUCCGUAGAUGUUGUUGGCUUGUUUACACAUACUUAUGAUUUUAGUAAGUCAUUCCAAGUUGCUUUGGAACUAUUUCUCAAAACAAACAAAGGUAUAAUUAAUUCCUUCUGGCAGAUCACUUAAUGUUACUUAAUAAGGUAUUAGAAUAUAAUAUUUACUAUGAUGACAACAUAUGAUAUCCUAUGAAUACUUACAAUGUAUAUGCAAUGUAAACAGGUAAUUUGCUGAUGUAAUUAACAUUUGUGGCCACAACCCUAUUGAACAUACAGUAAGUGUCCCCAGCCAUUGUUUUAACAUGUAUUGCAUAUAAUUUUUGAUAUCUCUCUAUUCUUCAAGAUGAAAACUAUGUGAUCCUUGAUAUCCUUCUGAACAGUCUCCAAUUUACUCCCACAUUCCAAGGAUACACAGGUUGGUAAGUUAAUUGGUCACUGUAAAUUGCCCCUAGUGUGUCAGUAAAGGGUAGAAUCUGGAGGAGUUGAUGUGAAAGUGGGGAAAAUAAAUCGUGAUCAAUGUAUGAUUAGUGUAAAUGGGUGCAUGAUGGUUGAAGUGGACUUGGUUGAAGGGCAUAUUUUGAUGUUGGAUGACUCUAAGAUUGUUGAUAUGCAUCUCCAUUAUGUUACCCAUUUUCUCCCCAGCCUUAAGCCACCAGCUGCUGAAGCCCUCAUAUAUACCCUUGUGACUUAGAAAAUCAACUAAUCCUGUGGAAUCUGAGUUGGUCUCUUGCAUUUCAUUCUGCAUAAGCCUGACUUCCUCCAAAACUCAGCAACUCAUAUCCUAAUAUUCACCAAGUCCUGUUCACCAAUCAUUUCUGUGCUUACUGACCUGCAUUGGCUCCAAAACAAAACUCUCAUUGUCUUGUUUGGAUUGGUCCUGAACUGCACCCCUCCCUAUCUCUGCAUGCAACUUGAUGAAAACGUUGCAUUCCUCGCUUGUCCCCUUUUGUUCAUCUCCAGCUCUCUUUGCCCACUAUUGGUACCUUGGGUUAAGCUGUUUAAGUUCUCUGAAAUUUAGUCCCAGACCUCAGGACAUUGGCAUAUCUCUCUUUCUUUGUAUCGCUUGUUAAAACCUAUCCCUUUGAGCAAUCUGUUUUAAAAGCCUGGCAAAUCUUGAAAUCCUAGAAAGAUCAAAAGCAAGUUCAUGAUCCACACUGUUGCAAUGUCAAUACAGAUCAGAUUCUCAAAACAGAGAAUAAGAAAUGUGCAAUGAGUUGCAAAUUUCUCGAACUUGUUGAUACAUGCUGGUUUGGCAUUUGCUGCUCACAAAUGGCAUCUUGCUCUUACCUUCCCAGUUAUUUUUCACAACAGCUUGGAUUUCCCCAUUAUACUUGAAUGCAGAGGAUCAGGUCUGGUAAUUGUUAGUGCAGUUCUGUGAUUUCUAAUGUUUUGACAAUCAUCUUUAGUGACCCCCCCCCCCCAAAAAGGGAACAAUUUAAUCCAUUCAAUCUUAUAGAACAUAGAAGACUACAGCACAGUACAGGCCCUUCGGCCCACAAUGUUGUGUCAACAUUUUAUCUUGCUCUAAGAUCUAUCUAACCCUUCCCUCCCACAUAGCCCCCUAUUUUUCUAUCAUUCAUCUGUCUAAUAGUUUCUUAAAUGUCCCUAAUGUAUCUGCCCCCACAACCUCUCCCAGCAGUGCGUUCCACUCACCCACCACUCUCUGUGUAAAAAAAAACUUACCCCUGACUACCCCUUAUACCAUCCUCCAAUCACCUUAAAAUUAUGUCCCCUCGUGUUAACCAUUGUCGCCCUGGGAAAAAGUCUUUGACUGUCCACUCGAUCUUUGCCUCUUAUCAUCUUGUCCACCUCUAUCAAGUCACCUCUCAUCCUCCUCCUCUCCAAAGAGAAAAGCCCUAGCUCACUCAUCCUAUCCUCAUAAGACAUGCUCUCCAAUCCAGGCAACAUCCUGGUAAAUCUCCUCUGCACCCUCUCUAAAGCUUCCACAUCCUUUCUAUAAUGAGGCGACCAGAACUGAACACAAUACUCCAAAUGUAGUCUGACCAGAGUUUUAUAGAGCUGCAACGUCACCUUGCGGCUCUUGAACUCAAUACCCCGACUGAUGAAGGCCAACACUCCAUACGCCUUUAUCGAUCUGCGUGGCAACCUUGAGGGAUCUAUGGAUGUGGACCCCAAGAUCCCUCUGUUCCUCCACACUGCUAAGAGUCCUGCCAUUAACCUUGUAUUCUGCCUUCGAAUUCGAUCUCCCAAAGUGUAUCACUUCACAUUUAUCUGGGUUGAACUCCAUCUGCCACUUCUCAGCCCAGGUCUGCAUUCUCUCAAUAUCCUGUUGUAAUCUACAGCAACCUUCUACACUAUCCACUACACCACCAACCCUUGUAUCAUCAGCAAACCUACUAACCCACCCUUCCACAUCCUCAUCCAAGUAAUUUAUAAAAAUCACAGAGCUGGGGUCCCAGAACAGAUCCCUGCAGAACACCACUGGUCACUGACCUCCAGGCAGAAUACGCUCCAUCUAUCAGCACCCUCUGUCUUCUAUGGGCGAGCCGAUUCUGAAUCCACACAGCCAAGUUUCCCUGGAUCCCAUGCCUCCUGACUUUCUGAAUAAGCCUUCCAUGAGGAACCUUAUCAAACGCCUUCCUAAAAUCCAUGUACGCCACAUCCACUGAUCUACCUUCAUCAAUGUGCUUUGUCACAUCCUCAAAGAAUUCAGUCAGGCUCGUGAGGCAUGACCUGCCCCUCACAAAGCCAUGCUGACUGUCCCUAAUCAGUCUAUACUUCUCCAAAUGCCCAUGAAUCCUGUCUCUAAGAAUCUUCUCCAGUGAUUUGCCCACCACUGAAGUAAGACUCACUGGUCUGUAAUUCCCAGGGUUAUCCCUACUUCCUUUCUUAAAGGAACAACGUUUGCCACCCUGCAAUCAUCCGGCACUACUCCUGUGGCUAGUGAGGACGCAAAGAUCAUCACCAAAGGCACAGCAAUCUCUUCCCUAGCUUCCCCUAAUAACCUUGGAUAUAUCCCGUCCAGCCCUGGUGCCUUAUCUAUCCUAAUGUUUUUCAAUAGUUCCAGCACAUCCUCUUUCCACACACCGACAUGCCCUAGCGUAUCAGUCUGUUGUACGCCAUCCUCACAAACGUCAAGGUCUCUCUCUCUGGUGAGUACCAAAGCAAAGUAUUCAUUAAGGACCUCCCCUACCCCUUUCGACUCCAGGCACAUGUUUCCUCUUUUAUCCCUGAUCGAUCCUACAUUCACUCUAGUCGUCCUCUUAUUCUUCAAAUACGUGUAGAAGGCCUUGGGGUUUUCCUUAAUCCUACUCGCCAAGGACUUCUCAUGCCCCCUUCUAGCUCUCCUAAGUCCAUUCUUAAGCUCCCUCCUGGCUACCUUGUAACUCUCCAGAGCCCUGUCUGAUCCAUGCUUUCUAAACCUUAGGUAAGCUUCAUUCUUCCUCUUGACAAGAUAUUCUACAUCUCGUGUCAACCAUGGUUCCUUCACUCCACUAUCCUUACUCUGCCUCAGUGGAUAAACUUAUCCAGAACCUCAUGCAAGUACUCCCUAAACAACCUCCACAUUUCCGCUGUGCAGUUCCGCAGGAACAUCUGUUCCCAAUUUACGCUCCCAAGUUCCUGCCUCAUUCCUGCACAUAGUAAAAACCAAUACUUCAAAAAAAAAUUGCCAUUUUAUGUCUUAAUCUAAUGAUUAUUUCUCUUGCAGUACAUAAUUCACUACCUCUAUUCCACUGUUCAAGAAAUAAUUAUCCUUAAUCAAUACAUUUCAUUGAUUAAGGAAGAUGCAACUUGUGGCACUCAUUGUCUAUUACCCUGAUAUGUUGUUAUCCUGCUUUGCUGGUUUCACCAAGAAGAUUUGGCCCCAUACAAUUUUUUGAUUCGGCACUCUCAUGAAGUGCAUUGGAAUGUUUUAUUGCAUUAAAAAUGCUAUAAUAUUGUU